GGCCACGGCAUUGAAAAAUCUCUGUUCCAGUCCAAAUCUCUCCUUCUCUCUCUCUCUCUCUCUCUCUCUCUCUCUCUGCGCGCAAUUCUCAGAUUGAUGCCUCCAUUUUUCUCCAGCUAGCACAGUCGGCCUCGUCUAUGGAACGUGGGAGCUGAGCUGGUGAAUCUCAAUUUGCCCUAGGUUUUGAGAUUCGAGCAAUGUCUUCGAUUCGGUUCACCACGAGCGGGCUCGUCAUAGGUUACGCGCUCUCCUCGAGCCUGCUCGCGGUGAUCAACAAGUAUGCCAUCACCCUGUUCAACUUCCCGGGCCUCUUGACCGCCCUCCAGUACUUGACCUCUGCCCUCGGGGUCUGGAUCCUCGGGAAGCUGGGGUUCCUCCACCACGAUGCCUUCACCAUCGAGACCGCCAAGAAGUUCCUCCCUGCAGCAUUCGUGUUCUACCUCGCUAUCUUCACGAACACGAACCUCCUCCGCCAUGCAAAUGUGGACACCUUCAUCGUGUUUCGAUCCCUCACUCCACUCCUGGUCGCCAUUGCCGAUACUGCAUUCAGGAAGCAGCCCUGCCCGUCGAAGCUCACAUUCACCUCGCUGUUAAUCAUCCUAGGAGGUGCGAUUGGGUAUGUGGCCACUGAUUCGGCCUUCACUCUGACUGCGUACUCAUGGGCAGUGGCUUACCUGAUCACUAUUACCACCGAGAUGGUCUAUAUCAAGCACAUGGUGAUGAGUCUUGGGUUGAACACCUGGGGCUUUGUCCUGUAUAACAAUUUAUUGUCUCUGAUGAUGGCUCCAGUGUUUUGGAUCCUCACCGGAGAGUACAGUGAAGUCUUUGCUGCUCUCGGGGCCAAUGCUGGGAACUGGUUCUCGUUUGAUUCCUUCAUCGCAGUCUCACUUUCUUGCUUGUUUGGCCUGCUGAUAAGCUUCUUCGGUUUCGCUGCCAGAAAGGCGAUCUCUGCAACAGCAUUUACUGUCACCGGGGUGGUGAACAAGUUCCUAACAGUUGUCAUCAAUGUUUUCAUCUGGGAUAAGCACGCGAGCCCAUUUGGAAUCGUCUGCCUCUGCUUCACAAUCAUUGGAGGAGUCCUGUAUCAGCAAUCUGUCACUGGACCAAAGCCUCCAAGCAGCGACUCCAACCCUUCUAAGCAGAUAGACAGCAAGAACGAGGGUAGUGAUUUUGAAGAUGACUCUCAGGGAAAGGGGAUCUCCGGUAAACUCGCAUCUGUAUGAAUGAAUAUAAUUCUUGACGUAUCAUUUGUUAGUCCAAGCGACAGGAUUCUUAUAUUAUCAGGGCUUUUUAAGCAAUCUGAGAACUCAGUGAGCUUUUCUUUCCGGAAUAUUGUGAUCCUCCAUUAGGAUUAGGAUCUGAUUUUAAUAUCUAUGCAGUUUUUUUUGCAUCUCU